AUGAGUUAUAAUAGUAGCAGAGGAGGAGGUGGCGAUAGAGGUGGUGGAGGAAGAGGUAGAUAUACAAAUAAUCAUCAUCAUGGAAGAGAACAUGAUAGAGGAGACGAUAGUAGAGGUGGAAGAGGUGGUGGAGGUGGAGGUGGACCAAGACCAUUCAUUCGAAGGAAUAUAGAGGAUAAUGCUUAUUUACAACUUAGACAAUUGGAGCGAGAGAAACAACGUGUCGAGAAUAAUCUGGAGCAUCUUGAACAGAAGGAGAAACUACCAAACUACACAGGAAACAAGAGGAAGGAGUUACAUCAAAAUGGAGCUGGAGGAGGUGGUACUGCCUCAUCAAACAGUGGCGGUAGCAGUAGUAGUAGUAGUAUUGGUGGCAACGUCAACAGUAACAUCAAUAGUGGCGGCGGCGAUACUAGAACAUCUAAAAUGCACAAGAACAUCUUGGGUGAGAGAAGAGAUGCAGAGGCAACGCGAGAACAAAAGAAAGAAGAGCUGAGCAAGUCUACCGACAUGGGCAAGCAACGCAGUCGAGUAGUGUUUGGCAUGCUCAACAGGACUCUAAUGGACUUUCAAAAGGAUAUCAAAUCAGAGACUGCUGGAGAAGCAAAGAGAAAAGAAGUGGAGAAGAAGAUAGAGGAUGAGGUUAGGGAGAAUGAAGCAAAGUUGUUGGAAGCAGAGAAGAAGAAGGUACAGGAUAUCAAGGAGAAGGAAUUGAAACAUCAUGAGGAGAUCAUAUUGAAACAGGAGGAGUUGUAUAAUAACUUGAUGACGAGGAAAUGGGAUAUACACAAGAAGAUGUUGGAUAGGUUCCCGCUCAAGACCGUCACAGAGCCACAGUUGUUCUUUACACUGUCACGUCGUGCACCUCAAUCAGUAACAUUGGCCGACCUCAUUGAUCUGAAGGAAGGCAGGAGAAAAACACUGGAUGUACCGCGCUCGAUACCAAAGAACAACAACAGAGAUCAAGGCGACAAGUCAGAUAAAAGUCAAGAAUCAACUACAACAUCAUCAAGUAAAAGUGGUGGAAGAAGGAGAAACAGAGAAGAUGAUGAUGAUGAUAUUGAAGAUGAAGAUGAAGAUGACGAUGAUGACGAUGAAGACGAUGAAGAUGAGGAGGAUGACGAUGCAGAGCACGACGAUCAAGACGACAAAGACGACAAAGACGAGGAUAACAAACCAAUGGAUGAUGACAUAAAGAAUGAAGAUGAUGGUACCAAGAUAUCGAGCAUUGCUGGACAACCAGAGGAAUCACAUAAUGUCAAAGAGGAGAAGAAGGAAGAUGAUGUUUUAGCAGUGGCAGCAGAGGAGAGUAGUAUACAGACAGAGUCUUCUUCUUCUUCCACUUCUUUAAAGACAGAAGAUAAUCUGUAG